AUGACGCNUUGCACGGAGAAAAGUGGAUCGGCGUCAAGUCAGCUGUAUUACUCAUAUUCUGUUGGUUUCGACAGUCACGGGCACUUGUAUGUGGCUGAUGAAUGGAAUGAUCGUAUUCAAAAAUUCAAUCUAGAAAUCGAUUCGUGUGGUGAAUGGUCAAUUCUUAUCUGUACAUCAGCAUGUACCAAUAGGUUACCGCUUAAUCAUUCUAUCGAUACAACAUCGAAGGAUCUGUUCAUUUCAUCGGGAACUCUUUCAUAUGGGCUCUAUCGUCUAAUAUUAACUGUCAUAAUGCAUGAACAUCCAUUGCAGCUAUCAUCAUCAGCUGCAAUAGAUAUUCAAAUCAGUUCACCGUUACUGGUUACAAACCUCAUUUCCUUUGAUACUCAGUUGAUCACAUAUGAUUAUCAGCUCGAUUUUGUACUCAAUCCCGGCCAAUUCUCUUACAAUAAAAAAGAAUUGAGAUUGAAUGCAAACGAUUGGGAUUACUUCUACUAUUGUCGAACUUAUCCAGAAGAUCCACAAGGAUUUCAACUAUUUGACAAUCAAAGUCGUAUGUGUUUUCCAGGUGCAUGGAAAUAUCUCACUCCAGAUCGAUCAUCUAUGAAGAUCUCGACUAGCUCUCUGAACCUUAAUCAAACUUACCAGCUAAUGGUUCAAAUGAUUCAUCGAAAAAAUUCAUCUGUACACUCAUUUGGUUAUCUAAUCGUUCGAAUCGAUCAUAUCCCACUACCAAUGAUCAUCAUCAGUUGUGUAAUUGUCACGACAUGCGCGUUAUCUCAUGAAAAUUUCCAUUAUGUCAAUCAAAAUAGUCAACUUUUCCUUCUCUCAUCCUGCUUGGGUGACUGUGUAUCGAUCCAUAAGAUCAGUUGGACGAUUUAUGUCGGAUCACCUGUCUCACCGCUUGAUCAGACGAUUCAUUGGAUUCCAUACAAACUCAUUGUCAAUAGAUCUUUAGAGGAAGGUUUCUUUUUCACGAGUCUAAAUACCAACAAAUUAACAGUGAUGAAAGGUUUAUUUGCGAAAAAUCAUUCGAAUAUUUAUUGGCGUUUUGAAGUGAGUUACUCAUUCUUGGAAUUCGAGAACCAAAGUCAAAGUUACUUUGAUAUUGAAUUAAAUCAACCACCAAUCAAUGGUUCUUGUUCCAUUUACCCACUCAAUGGUACAACUACUACGAUAUUUACGAUUCAAUGUACAAAUUGGUUUGAUCAAGACGAAAUCAAAGAUUAUCUUAUUUAUGGUCAGUUAUCGAAUUCUAUAGAAGAAAUGCUCUUGGCUCAUACCGUCCAAUCAGCUCUACAGCUCUACUUACCCGUCACACUUGAUCCAACAUCGACCCUUCAGUUAAAAGUGAAGAUUCGAGACGAAUUUGAUUGUUCUUCAGAAUACUCUCUUCCACCUGUUCGCGUUCAUCCAGACGUAUCAAACAUAUCACAACUCAUUGAUUUAUUACAUAAUGAUGACAAAAGCAUAUUUGCACAGAUAGUUUCAUCAAUCGUACAACUAUUUAAUCAACUCAAUUACCAAACAAUGAACGAACAAGUCCAGAGUGGAAUUGCGUUAACUGAGAUCACAGUCACAUCGCUUCAUCAACAACCUCUUGCUUCGAUGAUGAAUGUAUCGAUUCUAAAUAUUGACGAACGGGCUAAAUUACAUGAAGAUCUAAUCUUGAAAAUUAUCGAUCUAUCUAUCGCUACAAGCACAGAUCUACAAUUACAAUCAACUAUCCUUUCACAAAUAACACAAACUAGCAACCAACUGACACGAAACGCUUCUGUUAUGACAGCAAACAAAUGCUCUCAACUUUCUGCAUUACUGAAAUCAAUCGCCAAUACACUUUCCUCUGAAGAUACGCAUUUCAUAGCGACACAUCUUUUACAAUGUGCUGUCAACUCUUUCAACGGCAUCUAUGGUUCCUUGCAGAAACGCGCGAAAAUCCUUCCUUUGGAUUUAAUACGAACACAAGAAGAACUUCAUGAUGAUUCAGAAUAUCAAUGGCAUGGUACAAGUGCGCAGUUUUCGUUUUUCGAUACGGAUGACGACGCUGAGACAGUCCUUAUGGAAAAGAAUCGAUAUUAUCAGAAUCAAGAAGCAAAGAAGAUCUCGAACGACUUGAAUCAGAUUAUUUCCUCAAUAACAUCAACAUUUCUUGUACAUUUGAAUGUCGGCCAGCAAAUCAUUAUCAAUACAUCGGCCAUCUUCUUCUCACUUGAGAAAGUCUUCUCUUCGUCGAUCGCAUACCGACUGAACGAUUCACAGAUUCGUUUUCCAUCAAAUCUUCUCGAUUCUAAUAGCACUGUACUCAUUCGCAAUAUUCUGCAACCAUUGGCUUCGUCCGCAUCCGAUCAUCGAUUUUCCGCUUACACCAAUCUAUCUCGAUCGCUCUCGUUAUCAAUCCUUGAUGAAAAUGGAACUGAAUUAAAUAUAAACACUAACCUAACAGAUCCCAUAGAGUUUUUCAUUCCCCGAGAUCCACAGCUGAUCAUGCCAUCGGCAUUCCUUCAAAAUAGUACAUUGAUCAAUGAGCAAAAGAUGUCAUCAUCGCCUUUUUAUUUCUAUUUAUUCGAUUUACAACAGACAAAUCCAAACUUAACAUUUGCCAUUCAUUUGGAAAUUCACCUCUCGAUAACUAACAUUUCCUAUUUAUUAACUUAUCAAUUCGAUCCUCCAAAGCCACUAUCCUCGUUAUCAGAUCAUUGGACAUUUCUUUGUCCAUCAAGUAAACGUCCAUCUUAUCUCACUUCGGAUGGCAUGUACGUUCAUUUUCUUAAUAAUCAUCAAACAUCAAAUCGUCAUUCGAUCGUUUAUGGACUUCGUCAAUUAUCAACGAAGGAAAUGCAAGAAUUCUGUUAUCACAACAAAACACUCGAUCGAAUAUCUUCAUUAUUUCGUCAAGCUUGGAUAUUCACAUCUGAUUAUCAAAUACGAAUGUACCAAUCUGCUUGUUUCUAUCUUGAUUCCGACUCCAAUUGGCAAUCCAAUGGAUUAUUGGUUGGAUCAUUAUCUGAUCAUUAUGCAACCCAAUGCUUUUCUACACGUAUAUGA